CUGAUUGUUGUGUACCAAUUAUCGAUAAUAUCGACCGCUAUUUAUCGUUAGAGGAAUCUAAACAACAAAAACCGACACAUCACAACUGUUGUUGACACAUCUUUUAUAAUUCCGUUUGCCACGCUAUCAAAUCAAUAGUGAAUAGUUAUUACAAUUAUAAAUGCAAAGCCCGUCAUUUGCAUACAGGGAUAUUGAACACACGCCGCGCGCAAUGUAUUUGCGCGACUGGCGAUCUGCGUUGCGAACUCCGUCUUAUCGGAUUGGAAAUCGCACCGUGCGCUUCAAUUAUCACUUUGCCCUGCUUGUGUUUUGUGCGGUGGUGCUCAUAUUACUUUUCUUGUAUGCAAGACAAGGCUCCAAGUCCUCCUCUGAUGGCUACUGGCUGCGCAGCAUGCACGUUAACUCGAAUACCGAGUACAAUUCAACGUAUCCACUGACAGCAGCGAUGACUGUUCAUGGUGGCGCUAUUGUCUAUCGCAUUGCUAUAAUAGCCGAUUUAGAUACUACCUCGAAACUUGUGAAGAGCGAUGGCAGCACAACGUGGCGCAGUUAUCUCAAAAAAGGUUAUCUAACUUAUGUACCUGCAAAAAACGAGGUACAAAUCAGUUGGGACGACGGUGCGCCGACGACGUUGGAAUCUGCGUUUGCCUUGAAGGGACGUGGUAUGGAACUCUCCGAACUGGUCACGUUCAAUGGCAAACUAUUGAGCUUUGAUGAUCGCACUGGAAUCGUUUAUGAGAUUAACAAUGACAAGGUCAUUCCAUGGCUGAUAUUAAUGGAUGGCGAUGGACGCAGCUCCAAGGGCUUCAAAUCGGAGUGGGCAACGGUAAAGGGACACACGUUAUAUGUCGGUUCCAUGGGAAAGGAGUGGACAACUAGCAUGGGCGACUUUCAGAAUAACAAUCCCAUGUAUGUGAAGGCAAUAUCAACCAAGGGCGAGGUGCAAUCGAUCAACUGGACGAAGAACUACAAACAACUGCGUCUGAUGUCCCAGCAAAUCUCCUGGCCCGGCUACAUGAUUCACGAGAGUGGCGUCUGGUCAGAGGAGCAUCAACGCUGGUUCUUUCUGCCAAGACGCUGUUCCAAGGAAAAAUAUAAUGAAACUCUGGAUGAGCACAUGGGGUGUAAUAUUUUAAUCUCCGCCGAUGAGGAUUUCGUGAAUAUUAACACGGUUCAACUGGAUCCGGAAAACACUUCGCCGACGCACGGUUUUUCCAGCUUCAAAUUUCUGCCGCAUGCCAAGGACAGCGUGAUUAUUGCACUCAAAUCGGAGGAACUCAAUGGCAAGACGUCCACUUACCUAACUGCGUUUAGUGUAGGAGGCAAGACAUUGUUACCGGAGGUGAGAAUCAAUACAGAGUACAAGUAUGAGGGAUUUGAGUUCAUUUAG